AUGGUUGGUCGGGUUUUCCUCUUCGCUCUGCUGGUCUUCGUCGCAUUCGGCGAAGAGGAGUGGUGUGGUGCGGAUUCGACGGGAGAUUUCGGCUUAGCGGUGACCAGAUGGUAUCUCAAGACGGGCUGCGGAGAGCAUUACCGUGGGUUCUAAUUGAAUUUUUUUGCUGUUGACGCGGAAUUUUCUAUUUGCACGGUGCAAAAAUUUUUUUGGCCAGUGCAGAUUUUUGUGUUGCACGGUGCAAAAUUUUUAUUUUUCUGCACAGUGCGUAAAUUUUUUUUGCGCAGUGCGGAAUUGUCUGCACGGUGCAAAAUUUGGGGGUUUUUUUGAAUGCACCGUGCAGAUUUUUUUGUCGAACUUUUCUGCACGGUGCAAAAAUUUUUUGAGGGUUUUUCGGAAAGCACCGUGAAUAUUUUUUGUGGCAUUUUCUGCACAGUGCAAAAUUUUUUCGGAUUUUUUUUUAAUGCACCGUGCAGAUUUUUUUGUUGCACGGUGCGGUUUGAGUUUUUUUUGCACAGUGCAUAGAACUUGCUUGCACAGUGCGAUAUGAUUUUUUUGCACGGUGCGUAAAAUUUGUCUGCACAGUGCAUUUUUUUCUGUUUACAUUUCCUAAGUCGCCGGACUGAAAUCAGCGACACGCACUGUGCGAAAACAAAAGCUUUCUUUGCACUGUGCAAUCUCUUGCUUUUUGCACCGUGCAAUACGCGUUUUUCGGCUGUCGCUCGCACCCUGACGUUUCUCGCACAGUGCAAACGCCAAAAAAUCAUUUCGGCGACUUUCCGGAAAGGAGUGCAUUUUUUUGCUGCACGGUGCGAUUUGAGUUUGCGCACAGUGCGAAAAAAGUUUCCCCCGUACAGACGGGAUUUUUACGAUUUGUGCAACUUGCUGUUCAUUUCAAUUUUACAAUUCCAUUUACAAAAUUUUAGGCUUGAUCAACACAUGCUGCAGAGGACACGACCUUUGCUACAGUAAAAAACGCGGCCGAUCCACCUGCGACUAUAAUUUCUUCACAUGCAUGCGUGUGGUUGCACGGGAUUGUCCGUACACGUUUGAGGUGAUCCGAAGCGCAGUGGAUCUAGCUGGACACGCGAAUUAUCCGGCUCGGUUCAGCCCUAAGAGGAGCUCGAAGAUCUUGAACAAGAGCGUUGAGGAUGGGAAUUUAUUGUAA